GCAAAGUUUCUAUAGCUGUUGCAAAUUGCAGGUGAGAUACGGUUGUCCACGCCGUUUUUAAAAGGAGUUCAGUCGCUAAUCAACUGCGGUAGGAUACACUUGGGACCUCACCGCAAACAUCAUAUAGAACUUGCGACUUUUCCGCGUUAGAAUCGCUGUAUGAAGCAUUUCGCGAUGAUGACAGUGUAAGAAAUUUGUUAUACUCUUUAUUAAGUAUAUAGCGGGGGUGUUAUUAGACAUAUUCGUAGCAGGCACCAACGCAAGAAACAUGUCUAGUGUACCACAAAUGUCUAGUGGGCUUAGCAAGCUCAAAAAGAAACAUUUCCGAGUUAAACAUCAAAAGGUUAAGCUGUUUCGUGCAAAUGAACCUCUUCUUAGUGUUUUUAUGUGGGGUGUCAAUCAUACGAUAAAUGAGCUUAGUCAUGUUAAUAUACCAGUAGUACUCCUACCAGACGAUUUCAGAGCUUAUAGCAAAUUAAAAGUGGAUUAUCAUUUUUUUAAUAAGGAAAAUAUGCCCUCACAUUUUACAUUUAAAGAAUAUUGUCCAUUAGUAUUUAGAAAUUUACGAGAAAGAUUUGGUAUAGAUGAUUUAGACUACAAGGAAUCAAUGACAAGAUGUCGGGCAUUUAAUCCUUCCCUAUCAGAGAGGCAUUGGAAUUUGGAUAAGAAUGGGAAGACUCAUAAAUUGGUUCAACAUUCUGCUACUACUCCUUCAAUAACUUUUUCUCCUUCUCCUGUUCUUUCACAAAUUCCAGUCCUAAGUAAACCAUUACUACGUUCCUACAGUUUUAAACCAAAGCGUCUGAGAUCACAACCUAUAUUAGAAGACUCAUCUGGAAAAAGUGGUGCAAAAUUUUAUCAGUCUUAUGAUAAAUUGUUUAUUAUUAAAACUCUUACAGGAGAAGAAGUAGAAAGAAUGAAUUCAUUUUUAAAACAUUAUCAUCCAUAUAUUGUGGAAAGACACGGAAAAACUUUAUUACCUCAAUAUCUUGGCAUGUAUCGUUUGACAGUAGAUGGAGUCGAACAUUACGUCGUUGCUAUAAGAAAUGUAUUUUCAAAUCAUCUAACCACUCAUAAAAAAUUUGAUCUCAAAGGUUCAACAGUAGAUCGUGAAGCUUCUGAUAAAGAAAAAGAAAAAGAUUUACCUACUUAUAAAGAUAAUGAUUUUGUUAAAGAAGGAAUGAAAAUUUAUAUUGGUGAAGAAGCAAAAACUAAACUUAUAGAAACAUUAACUGCUGAUGUUGAUUUUUUAACAAAGUUGCAUUUAAUGGAUUAUUCUCUAUUACUUGGAUUACAUGAUUGUGCACGAGCUGAACAAGAAAAUAGAGAACGUGCUGAGAAAGAGGAAGAAGAGGAUAAUCAUGAAGAAGAAGAUGAUAGUGAAUCAGGAAGUGGACUUGAUUCACGAGGUCCAAUGGGAGAUCGUCUAUGGGGUUGGAGUGGCGUUGCAGGUAUGACAACUCCUCCUGAAUCGCCACAUGCUGCAUUAAUGCGCGAUACAAGCUUACAAUAUGAAGAUGCAAUAAUUCCUGAAUUAGAUAUUUAUGCAAUUCCUAGUAAAGAAGGUGCACCUACUAAGGAAAUUUAUUUUUUAGCCAUAAUUGAUGUGUUAACUCAUUAUGGUGUACGUAAACAGGCAGCAAAGGCAGCUAAAACGGUGAAGUAUGGUGCUAAUGUUGAUGGUAUAUCAACCUGUGAUCCAGAACAAUACGGCAAGCGAUUUAUAGAAUUCAUGAGCAAAGCUAUAGAAUAAGCUCCUUGUUCGUUGUUGUUAAGCUUGUAAAUUUGGACCGCUUGUUUGAAAGUCGUGAUGAUACUAUCGCUUCUUAUUACGUUAACAUUAAGUGCAUUGCAUUUGCACUUUGAUGUUUAAUCAUAAAAAUUUUUAUUUGAUAUGUCAGUACUGUUGAUUAUAUAUUUCAGUAUUCCUUAUGACAUUUACAAUUGAAUUAGAAGCAUAACCAAAUUUUAAAAAUUAUAGACUCUUAGAAGAUCUGUUAAAGAUUUCUUUUCAGAAAAUGUUUAAUAAUUGUUGUAAUCAGUGAUAUAUUUUUUUCAGUAUUUAAUUAUUAAUUUCUUUAUAUUCAAUUAUUGAUUCAUAUUCAAUUCUUUAUAUUCAAUUAUUCUCUACGUUUAAUAUUAUUGUUUUCUUCUUAUAUUCUUUAUUUUUUGUUUAUGUUAUUCAUAAUUCCAAAAUAUGAGACUUAACUUAAUUUUUGUGCAUUAUAUGUUCAAGCAAGACGUCGUAAAAGGUUUCUUUAUUGCACAUAAUCUUUAUUUUAUAAGAUUGUAAUUGGUAUAGUUAAUAUUAUAUUCAAAAAAAAGUUUUUUACAUAUAUUUGUUAAUAUCUUUUUGUUGCAUUAAUUAAUAUAUAAAUAAUGCUAACAAAAAAAUGUAUUGUAUAUUAUUUUUGAUGCACAUAAUGUGCUAUAAAAGCUGCAUCAUUUGGCAGUAAAUAAUAUGUAAACUAGUUUACUGAAAAAUAUUAAAAUGAAUGUUGAUGUUAAAUAUGAUAAUCUCAAAUGAAGCAUGGUUUAGUAUUUCACGAAGAAAGCCUAUUUAUGAGAGUCUCUCCAAUUUCAUCAAAAUGAAUUAUAUUGCUUCUAAUCUAGUGUCUGUGGUGUCGUCUGGAAUGUUUAAAUAUCCGAAGUAGAAUAUAACAGUUUUUACAGUGAGAAUUUUCUUUUUUUAGUAGGUCUAAAAGGAGGAGAGAA